AUGCUCGGCUCAAUGUUUGCACCAUCGGUGCCAUCGUCACAAACACCUUUUUCCGGCCAUGAAGGUCAUGAAAAGGCGAAUAAACACACAGAGAAGCGAAAGUUCAAGAAAUCUGUGGUAAAGUCGAGUAGCAGAGCAACUCAACCCAUUAGUAACGGUACGACGCUAUCAAAAAAGGGUAAAAAAAUGGUUCCUAUUUUGGAUGCAGCAGUGAACAAAGAAAUAGGUACUUUGUUUGGUGGGGAUCCUUCACGGUAUGGGUUUCAACCUCCAUCCAAACCCAUUGAAAGAGAGCUGCCGAGAUAUCUCAUUAGACAAGCUCCAAUCUUGAAACCAAUACCAAUUGUCCAAGACGAAUGGGAUAGAAAGAAUCAGGAGAAGAUGCUUGAGCUUGAGAGUUCUAUAUCUGAUGUUACCACUCUUUGGGAGACUUUGAAGAAAAUGAGAGAUACAGAGAGACAAGUUAUGGAAGAAAAGGGUCUUGUAGAUAAAGCUGACCAAGCAAAGGAUUUGACGGAAGCUAUAACAUUUCAGGGUACGUGUCAGGAUAUGUGUCCUAUAUUCGAGAGAGCUAGAAGAAGUGUAGAGAAUAAUGUGGUGCGGUACGAAAAAGCUAAUCCUAACGAUAAAAAGGUUGAUAGAUAUAGGGCAUUAAAAGUUUUUGCUAGACCAGCAGCAGCGGCAGCUCCUCCACUACCUUCUGAUGUAAGACCUCCACAUGUUUUAGUUAAAACGUUGGAUUACAUUGUGGAAAACAUUGUGCCACUCUUACCGGACUCAGAGUCAUUUCUUUGGGACAGAAUGAGAUCGAUCAGACAAGAUUUCACUUAUCAGAACUACUCUGGACCAGAAGCUAUUGAUUGUAAUGAAAGAAUUGUUCGAAUCCAUUUAUUAAUUCUUCACCAAAUGGCCAAAACUGAUAUUGAUUUUAGUGCUCAACAAGAGCUCGAACAAUUACAUAAAGCUAUCAUUACACUCUGUGAAAUUUAUGACGAAGUAAGAGAUCAAGGUGGACAAUGUCCAAAUGAAGCCGAAUUUAGAGCAUACGCGUUAUUGAGUAAAAUAAGAGAACCCGAAUAUGAUAAGAUGGCACAGGAUUUGCCUGCUGACGUUUUCAACAAUGACCUCAUACAACUUGCUAUCACCUUCCGAAGAAUUCUAAUGAACUCCAACCAUAUAGAAAGAGGUGUUGUAGUAACGGAAAAUUGUAUGAAUUUAUAUGAUAGAUUUUUUCAAUUGAUACAAUCCGAUAAGGUUCCAUUUUUCAUGGCAUCUUUUUUGGAAAUAUACUUAAAUGAAAUUCGUUUCUAUGGAUUCAAAUCCCUUUCCUUGGCUGUUACAAAAAAAGGUGGAAAUCUUCCUUACCAGUAUUUUAUGGAACACUUUCUAUUUCGUGAUGAUUUGGACUUAGAGACCUUUUGCAAGUAUUACUCUAUAGAUUUUGCGGAUGGAAAAAUCACAUUAAAAAGUUUAACUUCUACUUCACAUUUAUUACCAGAAACAAAACCUUUGAAAAAAAAUUGGCUUCAUUGCGUUGAACAAAAGCUUCAGAACUCCAACACUUCAGAACUAAUUAAUAAUAGGAAAGAAAACACAGAUACUAUAUCAUCUGGAAGGGGUACUGUAUUGGAUAAUGUUACUACGGUCGAACUUUCCAAAAAUUAUGAUAACUAUAAAGACAUAUCAAACAAUAAUAUCUUCGAACAAAAAAAUGAAGCUGAAAACUACCAGGCGUUUGGCUUCAUGAACGGUAACCAAGAUACCAGAAACUUUCAAUUACCAGCGGAUCAGAAUAGCAAACCUGUUUUUGGAAUUCAGUCCCCAAUGGAUAUUAUACAGAAUAAUGGUAAAUUAAACCAACCAAAACUUUUAAAUUCAACUCCUAGUUUUACACCAUCGCAACCGAAUACCACCGGAACAACGCUCUCAAAGCAAGAAGAGUUGGCUAAUAAACUCAAAGAACAAAAGGAAAAAUUGAGAAGGCAAAAGGUGUUGGAAGAAGAACAACUUCUAGCAAGGGAACAAGAAAUUCAGAGGAAGAAGCAUGAAAAUGAUAUAAAGAAACAAAAGGAAAUUGAAGAACGGAGGACGCAAGCACUUGAAAAGAAGCAAGAAAGGGUAGAAAAACUUUCCAAAGAGUUACUUGCUAAUAUUUUGAAGGAGCGUGUUAGUAACACUGUCAAAACGGUACUUCAACAACAGAAAAAGAGAGAAGUGCAAAUAGACAAUCUGUGCAAAAGCUUGUUUAAAUCGUUUAUCCACGAGAGACUCUAUUUUAUAUUUCUUGAAGUAAGAGCAGAAAAAUUUAGGAACAAGCAUCUCUAUCAACAUAGUAUGUCUAAGUGGAAAGCUAAAUUCGAAAGACGAAGGAAGGAGAACGAAUUGAAGAGGAAGAAGCAAGAAGAGGCUUUAAGGUUAAGCAAAGAACUAGGAAUAGGAAGAAGAAUUCCAUCUUUGAGAUCUUCGAGCAAAAGGGAAAGGAUAUCGGCAAAUAAUACAAUGCACGAAACAUCAUCUUUCAUCAAUUCCAACACUACAAAUUACAGCACACCCCUCUAUAUUGAGGAGAAUCAUUUCACAACACCGGUUAGGAACAACUCGGACAUUUGGAUGCCUUUAGACCUUAAAAAGACAUACUUCGAGAAAGUUGCCACAAAACUAGACAAUGUAUUAGAAAGAGGUGAUCUGGAUAGUAAAGUAACUCUUGACAUAGUGCUCUACUCAAAAUCCUGGGAUUGUCUUUCAGGCGUAUGGCUACUAAGCAAAUUUCAUUUGGCAGAAACUGUAUCACAUAAAAUUGAAAAUUCGAGUCUCUGCACCAAUUUUCUAAAGCUUGACAAUGAGUAUAAAGCUAAUGAAUUUAGCAAUGUCAACCUAGUUAUUUUCAACACGGGAGUUACAGAUUCUGAUAUAUUCGACCUUGACAUGAAAUUACAAAAAGAUGGAGAAAGGUUGAUUGAACUAAUAUGUGGUGUUGCAUUUAAUACAAGCUAUAGAUUCAAAUUAUUGGUUAUAUAUUGGGAAUCCAUCGAGAAUCCCAAAAGUGUGCUGGAAAUCAAACACCAAUUGAAAAUAAAUAAGGUCUUAAAAAGAUUCGGAGAUAUUAUAUAUGAUACUGAAAUUGUUAAAAUCAUGGGUCCAAACCCAGAAUCUUUUUUGAAACAAGGUCUAUCAAACGCUGCUAAUGACUUUGAAUUUAAACUAAGUGACAGAGGUGUAUACAUGGAGACAAGAAAAAGACGUACGUUAGCUGGCUGUGGAAAUGACAGCCAUGAUACAACUUCUACAAAAGAAAACUCUGCAAGUAUUGAUGAAAGAAUGCAAUCAAUGCUGAAACAAGAGCAAAAUAAGGCUAUGCAAAAUAUCAAUAAGAAAACAGCCUAUUCUCACUUGAAGAACCAUGUUAUGGCAUCACCAAGAUCACGGUACAAAAAACUACCAGUUCUUCUAUCAGACUCUCAUAAACCCAAGUACAAGACCCCUGUUCCGUUACAAGGUAGCAGAACGAGCUCCAUAACUGCUACAGAAGAUUCAAAUCCUUCUCAUCUAGUGAAGAAAGUGAGAACUACUUCUACUAUACCGCUUCCGCCACACCCGGUCUCAGGGACUUUUGGUACUCCGAGCCAGCCUCGGAAUUUAUUGAACCAUACAUCUGUUCUUACUACCCCGCAAUUAACCUGCAUUGGUCCACAAAAUGCUACUGCACCAUCCAUGAGUUCUGCAGAACUAACUACAUCAAACGCUGCAAAUAUAUCAACACAGUCAGACUUUGCAACUCCUGCUGGCAUUAUAAACCCUGUGCAUGUACAUCAGCAAAGAAACGCACAGAAAGAUUGGUCACAUGCAUCUAUUUCGGUCCAGGGUCCCACCAAGUCAUCCUUACAAGACAUUUCCUCACAUGAAACUCCAACAUCAGGAAAUGUCCCUCCAAGUAUCAGAGAAUUACAAAGCAUUAUCGCUGUAGUGAAGAAAAAACUCCAGGAUCGUCGCUGA